UCAUGGCGGCCGCCCAACGGCCACAGAUCCCGUCCUCCGCCGGGGCUUCCGGAACCCCCGGCAUGGCGGAGAAUCCCCUCCCUGCUCCCGCAGCCGAGGCGGCGGAGGCUGAGCAGAGGGAGCCGGCGGCGAGCGAGCAGCAAAGCGCGGAGGACGGCGGGGAGCGGAGAGGCGCCGCGGCCGCCCGCUGGCUCUCGGAGGUGGGGCAGCCCACGGCGGAGGCCGCGCUGCUGGAGCGGUGCCGGGCGGCGGGCAUCCUCGGCCAGGAUACAUUAGAUUUAACCUGUAGAAAAUCCCUGUGCUUUGUGAAAUUCUCAGAGAUGGAGAAAAUGGCAAACAUGAGAGCUGAGAUCAAUGAGAAGAAACUGAAAGCUGAAAUUCUGCAGUUGGAGAAAGAGACAGCAGACAUUGCUCACCCUUUUUACUUAGGCAAAAAAUGUGAGAUUUUGCAAGAUAUGAACAGACACUUGGAAGCUGUACUGAAAGAGAAGAAGGCUCUUAGAAAGAGGUUGAUAAUGCCCAGAUGUCAAGAAAGCCUGCCUAUUGAGGCUACUUUUCACAAGUAUGUAGUACAAUUGUUGAAUGAGGCUGUGACUUUCAUUGAGAAGCUCGAAAGCCAUUUGCAGACCAUAAGAAGCAUGCCUCAGGUACCAGGCAUCAUGAGGAAUAUGGACAUUGCUUUGACAAAAACAGAGGUGCUCGUGGUGGAGUUGGAGGAACUGACAGACCAAAUACUGAAAUGGAGAGAGUGGCAACAAGAAGUGUAUUCUGACAGCAUCUGUGAUACUGCUGGAUUGGAUUUUGGCUUAUCUUUAACCUAACAAAUCAUUUUUCCUCAGAUAGGAUGGCUAAUCAAAGAACUACCUUUUAAUGGUCUUCUGUGAAAACCACAACAUAGUGGUGCUUUAAUCCAGCAGGGACUUUUUAGGUAAUGUUUCUGUUCUUAUGUAACAGUUCUCCAACUAUUAAAAACAAACCAGGAAAGGACAAUGAGUAGUAGCUCAUAGGACAGACUACUGAGGAGACUGUUAAGGAGUUCUGUCUUGAAAUAGUCGGACAGGAUUCCCUUGGAGCCUGUAUCUUCAGUGCAAAUUUGUUUUGUUAUUUUUUUAUGCACUUGCUAUAGUGUCUUUAUUAAUUUUUAUAAGCGUCUUAAUAAUACACUGUAUUUUAUAUGUUGUUAUAAAAUGUCAAUAA